UUGUAGCGUUUUCAAAAUGGUGGCAUUUGUGAAAGCAUGUGUUUGCCGAUUAAUUUCGUAUAAGCAUCAAGUGACACACUUCGGUGUUUUUAGAAAUGUGAAAUGUAUCCAAAACGUGUGGUUAUCACGCGGUCUCCCAAGCCUUGACCUUAGGUCAUGCUCGUUUACAAACUACGGAAACGAUCAGGACCAACUGUACAGAAUGAAGGUGGCCACCCAUGAGGAUUCAGAGUUACAAAAACAAAUUGCAGCUGCUUUUAUUGGCAAGGGUGGACGCAACAUAAGAAAAUUCGGCCUGGACUGUCAAAUUGAUUUGAUUGGUGCUGAUAUAUGGGUAUCUGGCAAGGAUGUUGAGGGUGUGCAGAAAACAGUGGACAGAGUAACAACAGAAGUCCAAAAAAUCAAGAACAGUAUAUUACCCAUUCAAGAAACGGUGUUGACAGACGAGGAUGAGUAUUUUCAUAAAGAGAUUUGUAGUAUCAUUAUUGGAAAAGGAGGCAGCAAGAUCGGUAGUCUUAUUUUUGAGAUUGGAGAUGUUUUUUCGCUAAACUCUUGUGACACUGGGCGAGUAGUUGUCAUGGGCACUGAUACCGAAGUGGUGAGGAAAGCGUCAGAAAAAAUUCAACAGGAAGUCCAAAGAAUCAAGAAUGAAGUACUUGCCACCUUUUCUGAAAAGGUAUUGACAGAUGAGAAUGAGGUGAGUCAUCGCCAGAUUUGUAGAAUGAUUGUUGGAAAAAAAGGAGCCAAUAUUAAAAGACUGAUAUCAGAGACGGGCAUGGAUUUCGAUUUGGAGGUCCCUUUCGAAUCAAGAACAAAUGGUUAUGUAAUUGUGACAGGAGCUGAUGCUGAGGUGGUGAAAAGAGCAGCAGAAAUAGUACAACAGGAAAUUCAAAUAAUUAAGAAUGGAAAUCUAGCAACAAUUUCUGAAAAGGUGUUGACAGAUGAAGUUGAUGAUAAUCAUUUCAAGAUAUCUGGACUACUCAUUGGAAAACAGGGAGAGAACAUUCGUAGAAUAUUAUCAGCGACAGAACUGAAUGCUAAAUUGAACAUCCUAGCAAAAAAUGAAAAAAUUAACCAUAUAAAUGUCUUGGGGACUGAUGUUGAAAUGGUGAACAGAGUAGCAGAAAAAGUACAACAGGAAAUCCACAGAAUAAAGGAACAAAUUUUGCUACCCUUUUCAGGAAAGCUAUUGACAGACGAGGAUGAGGAGAUUCAUAACAGAAUUUGUGGCAAGAUCAUGGGAAAUAGAGGAGAGAACUUGAACAGAAUACGCUCUGAGACAGGGCUCAAUUUUCUUUUUGAAGCAUAUGAAGGGCAUAUACUAAUCUCUGGAAGAGAAGCUGAAGUAGUGAAUAAAGCAGUAGAAAAAGUUCAACAGGAAAUCGACAGAAUAAAGGAUGGAAGUUUUCUACCUUUCUCAGAAAAGGUGUUGACAGACGAGGAUGAGGAGAUUCAUAACAGAAUUUGUGGCAAGAUCAUGGGAAAAAGAGGAGAGAACUUGAACAAAAUGCGCUUGGAGACAGGACUUGAUUUUCAUUUGCAAACAACGCAUAAAGGGCAUAUAAUCAUCUCGGGGACUAAUGCUGAAGUGGUUAAUAGAGCAGUAGAAAAAGUGAAACAGGAAAUCCACAGAAUAAAGGAUGAAAGUUUUCUACCCUUCUCAGAAAAGGUGUUGACAGACGCGGAUGAGGAGAUUCAUCGCAGAAUUUGUGGCAAGAUCCUGGGAAAAAGAGGAGAGAACUUAAACAGAAUGCAAUUGGAGACAGGACUUGAUUUUCAUUUGCAAACGCAUAAAGGCUAUAUAAUCAUCUCGGGGACUGAUGCUGAAGUGGUUAAUAGAGCAGUAGAAAAAAUACAACACAUGGUCCGAAGAUUUCAGAAUUAAGUUGCACUACCCUUUUCUUCAACAAGAAGUCCAAAAAAUUAAGAAUGAAAAUGUGCUUCCUUUUUCUGAAAAAGUGAUGCAAAAUGAGGAGACUUGUAGCAGGAUUUGUGGCAUGAUCCUUGGAAAAGAUGGGGAGAAUAUUAAAAGACUCGCUUCAGAGACAGAGCUGGAUUUUGAAUUGCUUGUCCCUUCGAAACAUUAAGAAGCCAACUGUAUUCUUGUGACAGGAACUGAUGCUGAAGUGGUGAAAGAAGCAGCAAAAAAAUUGUACAACAGGAAAUCAAAAGAAUAAAGGAUAUUCUAAAAUGAAAAUGGAAAACAAUAUUUGAAUAGAAUUGAACAUUAAAAGAUCUACAUUAUGUGUUUUGGAUACGAGGCUGUAUUUAAGAUUGACCUUCUCACAAGUUACCCUAUAUACAGAGUUUGUUUUGGGGACUGAAGCUGUGAGAACAAUUAGAACAGAAAGCCAAGAAAUUUAUAAAUGAGACUCUUUGUCCUCUUGGAGAGAUGAAAUUUCAAGAUUCAAGGUUCUUUUGUCCUUUUUGGUCCAAUGAAAUCUGAUUAGCUGUUCUAAUAGUCUUUCUUUUGUCCAGUCCCUCCGUCGAUUGUUGACCAUUUCCCCUUAAAGAAGGGGCCGUGACCAAGUGGUUAAGGCAUCUGACAUUCUGCUACCCCUAGCCCUUCACCAUUGAUCGCAGAUUCCAUCCCAGGUACUGGCUCCGGGUUUCCUCCACCACCAAAACCUGGCAUGUCCUUAAAUGACCAUAGCUGUAAAAAGGAUGUUAAACACAAACCGAACCAAGAACCCUUAAAUAAUUCUUGUUAUCGCUAUUUGAUAUGUAAGUUCCUCUUGGCCUUUAGUGACACAUGUUUUAUUAUGUCACCCAAAUAAUGUCUCAUUUGACUUAUUAUGACUGCCUUUUGUGCUUCAUCAUGCGUCGUCUAUCAGUAAACAGUUCACAUUUUGGACUUCUUCUCAAAACCACUAACAAGUUUCAAUGCAAGGAUCUGGUUUCAAGGGGUGGGGGAAUAAAGGGGUCAGUAUGGUAAAAAAUUCUCUUCAUGCAUAGAAAUUCUUGAUUUUUUUAAAAAUAAAAUUUACAAAUUUUACAAGCUUACUAAAACACAACAAAUAAUAUUUUCUUUUACUGCAACAAAAAUCGAAAUAAAUACAUGGAUUUAAUAGUUGGAAAAUGUGUACUUUAGACAAUAGUCAGACAGGUUUAAAUUUAUGUCUGUCUUUGUUAUACCACCCGCAAAGAAGUUAGUAGGGUAUACUGGAAUCAGCUUAUCUGUCUGUCUGUCCGUUUGUAGAAAGAAUUUGUCUGGACAACUCCUUGUAAAGUAAUGGACCAAUUACAACGAAACUUUCCAGAUAUAGUAACUGAAGGUGUGUAUCCAGGUACUAUUUUUUCAUUCUGACCCUUUUAUACAGUUAUGACCCUUUGUUGAAAAAUCCUGAAACUUUUUGUCCGGACAACUCCUUCUAAAGUAAUGGAUUGAUUUCAACAAAUGUUUCCAAAUAUGAUAACUACCACCUGCAGUUGUCCAUCCAAGUAUUACUUUUUCAUUCUGACCCUUUUUCACAAAGUUAUGGUUCUUUGUUGACAAAUCCUUGUCCGGACAAUUCCUCCAAAAUUACGUGUGAAAUUUCAACGAAACUUUCCAGAUAUAUUAACUACCACCUGAAGGUGUGCAUCCAGGUAUAUUUUUUUUCAU